AUGGUGGACACGUGUUCACUGCUGGCCUCAUGGGCCGCAGAUGUCUGGACACAUGUCUCGACGGAGUUUGAGACCCUGAAAGGGAAGUCGCCGCCUGGGCAGACUGAGGGAGCCAUUGGCCAGGCUUUUCAUGUUGAGAAGAUCUUGAGCGCCCUGAAGGGGAGCAGCAGGGAGAUUCGCAAUGUGGCCGGCAACAUCGCCUGGGUGAAGCCCCUGAAUGAGUCCAUUGAGGGCGACAGCAUGUCCAUGGAGCAGAUUCAGCGAUAUGCUGCAACUGUUUUCAUGAAUGCAGAUGGGAAGGUACAAGCUCCUCGCCUGUGGCCGACUGGGGUGACAAUCCCAGUGGCAAUGAUGCAGCUGGAGGAAAUGCCCGCAAAGGGGUGGGAUCGCUAUGGGGCCGACGUGGCCGUCGCAGCGUAUUGGUAUGCCUUUGCGCAAGCCAAGAAGCAGGGGAGCACUGAGACCGAGCUGCAAACCUGGCGUGCAUUGGGGCGCAAUGUGCCCAUGACAUUCAGGUUUUUCCCGAACGAGGAUGCCAAGUUUGCGGCGGCCACGGAGGUGGUCGAGAGCGUGGAAAACAACCGCGAAUUCUUUGGGAUGGACAUGACACGCUUGAUCGCAGUCGUUGUGAAAGCAAGCAAGAUUGUCGCUGCAUUGGGGACAAAAGCAGUUCAGAACAAGGACAUCUCAGACUGGCUUCAGAGCAACAUCAAGUGGCACGACCCCAAGCGGUGCCCCUCAGCAAACACGGUGGGGCAACUCACCACCAUUGGGGAGAGCCUGGCUGCAGCACCGAGGGCGAGGGCGGCAGUGCAAGCCGCCAGGGUUCAUUUGGGGAGGGACACCAUUUUCGAUGAAUACUCCAAAGUCUUGAUUGUAGUGCAGCGCUGCGACGGGCCGGAGGAGUUCUCCUUCGUUUGUGAGUUCCUCUUGAUGAAGCUUCUCAGGGGAAAGUCAGGCUGGUCGCAGGCGGAGCUGAAGGCCAAGGCCGGCGACGUUAGCUUCGCCAUCUUUGCCAAAAGGUAUGGGGAGUACAUCCACAGUCUGUUGAAGAAGUGUUGCGCCCGCUUUCCACGGGGGGAGGCGAUCUUCUCCAGUCCAUGGGCCUUUCACAAGGAGUUCCCACUCACAGAGGUACCAGACCUCUCUUGGAUGGGAGGUAUGCCUCGCCUCCUCAUUCUGGCAGUGACACACUUCAGCGUGCAGCCGGCCCAUGCCAAGAACUUGGGGAAGCUCAAAUCCUUCUGGGCCGACUUCGACCUGCAGCUCGGGGAGAAGCAGCAAGAGAAGAAGGAGGAGGUGGAGAAGAAGGACGUGGACCAGGAGGAGAAGGAGAAAAAGGCUGCGGAGCUGAAAGACACCUUGGACAAGCUGCGGGGAGACACUGAACGCAUGGCGACAGAGAUCCUCUCCGUGGAAGUAGUGAUUCUGGAGCAGCAAGCCCCAGCAGCUGCUCAGCUCCUUGCGCUUGUGCAGGCCCAGGAAAUGGCGAAGUCGGAUCGACCGUUCAUGGCCGUCUACGACCCCAAGACUGCUGCAGUCACGAAGCCCUACCCGGGCCACAGCAAGUGGCAGCGAUUGCCCGUUUUGGAGGAGGCCGAUUUCAAAGAGUUCACAAAGAGUGUGCAUGACAUGAAGCUUGGCAGCCAUGACUGUUCAUUGUCCCUCCCCCAAAGACCUUCUGUCUCUGUUCUUCUGGCACCCAGGAUGACGCCGGGGCGUGAUGUCAUCUUCAUCUUCAGUGGGAAGGUCAAAAGCAACGAGGAUGCCAUCCUCAAGCAAGCUCGGGCUCUGAAGUGGAGUGGGAAGGAAUUUUACCUGCAUUAUGAUCCACGGCAGAUGGCUGAGAAUGGAUACUUUGCUCGGAUGCGCGGAUUGGCAAAUGCGGGGACGGCUGAGAAGCUCUUCCUCUUCUGGAAGGGACAGGUGCCGAAAGACUUCAAGAAAAACAGGAUGUUUGUCGAUCCGGGGAGUGCGACCUACAUGGACAGCAUUCUGCGAGUGCCAGUUGCAGCAGCUCGGGAGCAUGGCCUGGUGAGCACGAGCAUCUAUGAGCUAUGGGACAAGGCCGACGGGACCACUCCGGGGAGUUCGAGCAUGACCGACCCAAGCAUGGCCGUGGCAACCAGUGCUGCAGAUGGCGGCGAAGGGGAGAAUGCCACCAACCCGGAUGCACAGGCUGAGGAGAAACUCAGGAAGCGCAAGUACACCAAGAGGGGGAGGGCCUUGACUCGUGCUCCGUCUACUGACGAAGUUGUGCUGUUCCCGCACGACAUGGCUGGGGCGCUCAUGAAAGAAAUGGUGCACGAAUCCAAUGCUCAGUUUGUCCUUUUGGGGACACCUGGGAUGGGGAGUGGCAUCUACGCUUGCUUGGAGAUGAAGACGCCAGUCAUCGCCAUCGUGAAGACGCAGCUGCACAAGAAGGAGUUGCUGCGGGUUGUGAAGGAGCGACUUGUGAGUGAGCUCCCAGUGACGGGUGCGACUUUGGCAUGCUGUGAUCUUGUUAAGCGAGCUGAAGCUUUGGGGAUGGUCCCGACCCCAAAGAAAAAGGCGAAAGCCGUGAAGCCCACGCCCGAAGACGACGAUGCGGAGAUGGAGGAGGAAGAUGACGAUCACGAUGAAAGCCUGGGGGAGCCCGACGAGGAAGCAAGCACUGUUGAGUCGGAGAAGAAGCCCCGGAAAUCUAAGAAGAAGAAGGACAAGAAGGACAAGAAGAGCAAGAAGUCCAAGAAGUGA